AUGAAAUUCACUCGUACCGUCGAGUUUGUUUAUAAGGGAAAUCCAACCCAAUGUAUUUCGAAAUCCUGGAUUCGUCCCUGGCAGUAUGAUGAAGAUGUAGUAGAUAUAUGUGCAUUAGUUCCAGAAUUUAAGGAGAUUGAGAUAUAUCUAGAGCAUUUAGACUAUAACGUUGAAGACUUCCUUAAAAAAAUACAUGAUGAACAUCCCCUGGCAAUUAUACCAAGUGGAAGCAAAGAUGAAGUUGACAUUGAGGUCGAGAAUGGCUGUGACACUAGGGUUGAGACUGGAAAUAUGACUCAAAAUAAAGAGGCAUUGGUAAAGGAGAGGAGAAGAAUUGGGAAAGAAAAGGCAGUUGUAACAGAACCAUAUGAUUCCUGUGAUGGUUAUUCUUCUAACGACUCUAGAUUGGUAAAUAUUGGGUAUGUAAUGUAUAAGAAUGAUGAUAUUUACCUAAAUACCUUAGUUGGAGAUGAUUGGCUAGGUAGUAUUUCAGUUACAAAUACACAAGGCCAGGUUGCACAUGAAUUUGCAACUAAGGCCAUAACUGAAGCUACAAAUAGGCCUGAACUACCUGCAAAUGGGCUUGAAGAAGAUACAAAUGGGCCUGGACAAGAUGAGCCUGAUCAAGGUGCAAAUGGUCAUCCUCAAGAUGGACCUGGGCCUGAGAAAGGUGGAAAUAUGCUUAAGAAUGGUGUCACUGGGUCUGAUCAAGGAAGAAUUAUGUUUUGCUUUUAUGUUUUUUUAAAUGAUUUAAAGAAAGAUAUUGAAGAAGGUGACCAUAUGAAUGUUGAGUUGUUGGGCUGCAUCAAAUGGGGAAGAAGAGAAGCAAUUAAAGCACCUUGCUUGAAACAUGGGAAAGAUAUAUAUUUUAAGAGGAAUGAGAUAUACAAACUGAAGGUUUACUGUAAGAAAGACCCAUGCCCAUGGCAUAUAUAUGUAUCUGCUAAGAGUUCUGUGGAUAAGACCUUGGUUGUGAAGAUUUACAACCCCAACCAUAAUUGUAGUAGGGUUUGGAAGAAUAAACAAGCCAUUACCAAAUGGAUAACUGACACUUUCAUUGAUAGGGUUCAAUCCAAUCCUCAAAUUCCACCAAAAUCACUUCUAAAUGUUGAUGAUAAUGAAUGGAUUGUUGGUGUUUCACACAUAAAGCGCUAUAGAGCCAAAAGAGCUGCUCUUCAAUUGAUAGAAAGGAUUAUGGCUUCAAAAUAUAGCAGGUUGUGGGACUAUUGUGAAGAAGUGAAGAGAACUAAUCUGUGA